AUGUCCUCGACAGGACGGGGAUUUGGUCAGUCAGGCGACCAAAACUUUGACGGUAAGAGCUGAAUAAUUUUUUCAGUAAGGCCUCACUGGAUAGAGGCCAGAUUUCUCUCGAAAUUUAUGGUAAUUUGCGCUGUUUUCUACCAGGUGGUCGACCAAAUAAAUUUCUGUACUCUGGAAAAAACAAGAAAGUUGAUCCUUGGGGCAGCAGCACCGACAAUGAUCAUGAAGAUAGCAUAGAGCGGGCUUUGCAACCUAAGAAUAAGUUUCUAAAAACCAAAGAUACCCGUAGCUCGCCAGGUAAGAAUAUAUUCGCAGUAAAGUGAUUGUUGAUAAUUUUCGUGUCUGUUUAUACUACUGUUCUAUUACCUAGAUCUUUCAUCGCUUAAUGCUUUAGCAAUGUAUUUCUUUGUUAACGUUUUCGUAGGUUGCGAGCUAGAUGAUGUGUGGAGUAUUCGCAAAAAUGUUCAAGUCAGCCAGGCGGGAAAGAAAGGAACCAUAUUAAACACAAACAAAUCUUCAACGUCGUAUUAUUCCAGGCACGGAGGUUUGAGUGGUAAGUUUAAUCGUGCAUUCCUUUUGAAAGAUUAUUGUUCGUAAUGACCUCCUAAGUAAUCGCGGAACGGAAUUUUUCGUGUCUCUUGAGAAAAGAUGUUACGGUGUUUUUGUUAGUUGGCAGAGCCCUAAUUGUACUUAAGCCGAAGGUUACUCCGGGACAUAUCGGUAGAUUUAUGCAAGACACCAUUUCUUGUUUCUUACCAACUUUUCGUGUAAUUUUAUUUUCAAGGAACGGGCGAAGCGAAUAGUUCAAUGUUGAACAAGGGCCAUGACACUAACGAAGACUUUCAUAGCCAUAGUAACGGUAGGAGCAAUAAAGUUUACAUUUUAAUUUGAUGAUGAUUUUAGAUUACGUUCUUCACCCAGUUGCUAGCCGCUAGAUGUCUACUAAAAGUAUUCAGUUUUCUCGGCGUAAGAAACCACUUCAACACCGACUGUGCCAAAGUCGAUUUUAUGUUAACGUCAGGUGUCUGUGGUAAACAUAAAUUCACCAGUCCCGUUCAUAGGUAAAUUUGGGCAAAUUUACUUCAUGUUUAUUGAUGCUAUUUGGUCUUGUAACUACUCUGUUUACGUUGGAAACUGAGGAAUGUAAAGAUGUAUUUUAAUUUAAGAAAGCAUACAAAUACAAUAUGAUUAGGGCUUAGCUUUUGGCAUUAUUUGACUUGUUUGAAUUUUUUUCAAUUUCCAGCUUUGGAUUCUGAUAACGUGGUGAUUUUGUAUGGUGUAGAUCACAUCUUAAUUUUUCAGUAAAUACACUUUUUUCAUGUAUUAUGGAAUUUUGCGAUCAUUGCUGGUAUGAAUUGAAAUACCUUGAGCCCAAUUCAUUGAUUUUAAUUCUCUGAUGUUGAGUUAUAAAAUUCAGUGUUGAAAUUCUUCUGUCAAUCAACCAAGUUAUAAAUGAGGAAUAUGGCAAUGAUAUAAAGUGAAAAUUUGUUUUUCAAAACUGCUUUAUUGGUAGAUGGUAUAUCUCUCUACAUGUGUCAGGGCUCUCUAUCAGGCAAUCACAAUUUUAUUAAAGUAACAAAUUUUUAUAAAUUCUCAUCAAUAAAGGAGAAAAUUCUUCAUUAAGAAAGUUGAAACAUUAAAUUUGUAACUAGAUAGUUGCAACACAUAGGUAAAUUUGCACUGCUAAAGUCUUGAAGUUAUUUUUGAUAGUUGUAGAAAUUACAGUAUAUUUACUUGUGGUUUGUCAUUCACCCAAAAUUUCAUGUUACUUUGUGGAAUUUGGUAAUUUUGUACCCAAACACUAGUAUUAUCAAAGGUAAAUAAAUUGUGAACAUAAACCUUUGACAAAUUGAAACUUUUACAAGUAACUGUCAUUUUACUGGAAGAUUUAAAAUGAAAGAGUAGAAGUGACAGAUCUAUACAAGUGUGAGCAUUCAACUGUAAAUUAUGGUACCCUUAAAUUUUGUAAAAUUUUUAAUUUGUUCCAUUAUCAGAGAACCAAACAAGGAAACAUGUCCAUAGACCACCGAUUGUCAAAUUAGACUUUUGUAAACCAAAUGUUGCUUCAGAGUAACAAGAAGAUUGCAAUCAAGGCAGCUGUAUCUGUAUCUGAAAAGUUAUAAGAAUUUUUCAAGCUCCUGUUACGAAGGAUAUCUACACAUUGUGUUAUACUCUACAUGUAGUGACCUGAUUACCUCUUCUACUUAUUCAGAUCAUAAAUCAUGGAGUAUUGCAAGUCGAGGAAACUUCUCAUACUCAGAUCACCCCAAGGUCAGUCAAGGUAAUCAUGGCACCUCGACCGUUGACCAACCUGAUGACAUCCUAGACACAAGACACACUCCCAAACCUGAUGAAUUUGAUAUGGUACAGAAGAAAAAUCUCUUGAACAGUAAACUGCGGAUGGCUGGAGGUAUGUUAUGGUUAAUGACUUGCAACAAAUCAUGUGUAUGUAGGUUUAUGAACUGUUAUCUUUUUCUUCUGGAAAAAUUGGUCAUAUGAAGUUCAAACCCAGGCGUGAUGUCUCGUAGGAGGGUAGAAAUCCAUUCACAAUUUUGGGCAUAGCUGCCAGGUCUUUGAACAGGAGUGAGGUCGAGCUUGAUCUUGUGACCAUUAAAAAAAAAAAGAAAGAAAAGUUUACAUGAUAACAACAGUGAUUUACAAGUGUAAAGCAGUUAACUUUGAAGUUGCAUGGCAAAGUGAACCUCUGUCUUACUCUUGUUCAAAGGCUUGGCAAGUGUAUGAAUACACAACUGAAAAAUUCGCCUUUUGUAGGACUUAUCAGUUACUCAAUUAAUACAGAAGUGUUCCGUUAAUUGCAGCGCCUCAAAUCGCAAACAGGGAAAUGUCUGCAAGGACACGGCGUGCAAAGAAAAUGCAUGAUGCCCAUCUCAGGUCAAUGGGGCUUGGUCCGUUUACCCCAAGUAAUGGAUCACAUGUCAACACAGACAAUAAAAGGGACAGUGUCAACUGGAAACAGGACGUUGAUGAUGAAUUUUAGUCAUUUGUCUUCACUAUGCAUACAACAACAAAAAAAAACUAUUUAAUAUGAAGAUGUGAAAUGACUUGCAAAGUAACUUUAAUUGUUUAUAUUGCAAUGACAACAAAGAAGAUGAUUCAUUGUUAGGACAUGUUAGAGGUCCAAAAAUGCAUGCUUUAUUUUUUACUUAAUAAUGGUGGUUAUGACAUGAGACUCUGUAUAGUUGUAUGGAUCUUGAAAAAGACCUUUUUCCUUCAUCUGCAACAAGGAUAUUUUAUGUGAUAUGAGCAAAUAUCUCUCUUCAUGUACUGACCAUGCCACGAGCAAUAAUCAUGGCCUGGGAAAGUUUGUUAGAAACUCCAGAAACUGCAGUUGGAAAGUCACUCUCUAGCUUGGUACAAUUUUCGUAAACUACUAUGGGGUCCAAGGUUGUUGAAGAUCUAUCCCCCAUAAAAAAAUAUUCUAAAUUUCAUACUUCUGACAGUUUUUUUGAGUAAGUGCCUUCCAUUGUAAUAUAGUUUCAUAAUCCCCCUUUAAUAUACUGAUUUAAAAUUGGUGAACAUCACCAAAUCUGCUUCCUGUCACUACCACAAGUAAUGGAAUUGUUUUGCCAAACUGAGAAUUAUCUUGAGUUUGGAAGAGAAAACAAAUCUAGAGUAAGCAGCUUUGGUUUGGCAAGUUGGGUCAUGAUUUUUUUGGUUUGUUCAUAUGUUCUGAUCAUAUUUUUUUAUUGGUCUUAUACAGUAAACAAAGUAUUUGAGGUAUUCAGGGUAUUGUUGAGAUAUACAUGUAAUUUAUAAGACAAUGCGAAAAUUUACAUAUUGUAUAAUCAGAAAGGCUCGUUUUGUUGUGUUAAAUAUUUGUACAUAGUAUUUGAUCCACACUUUAAUUUUUUUAGUGUAAUGUCAUUUUGUCUUCAAAUAAAUUUCUUGCAUGAAAAGGUGUGUAGCCCAAACAAUAAAUUCAAUGCCAGGAGCCA